AUGCAUCCUGCGUGUGGACAAUGUACCAAAGCCGGUCGUGCCAUUGACUGCGAAUAUUCGGACGGCAAGGGCCUGACAGCCAGCCAAAUACUCGAGGAGCAAGUUUCGCAGCUGCAACUGCGUAUAGCCGAAUUGGAGAGCGUCAAUGCGGCACCUCUUACUCUCUUUGACCCCUAUGAGUCCUUCCGCAGGUCACAAGGGGGCGGCGCAUUGCCCUCACAACAACGUUGCGCACCUUCUUCCACAACUCCUCUGCAUUCGGGUUUUCCUCCACAUCCCACGUUUCCUUCAACAGGUGGCUUCCCGCCGAGCACUGGCUACCCCAACCACGUCACCCUACUUCUCAAUGCCAUCUACCUCGCAGGGGCGCAGUUUUCCACUGAUGCCCAACUACGCGCAGAACAGCCGACAUUCCUCGCCACCGUGCUCAAUCUUCUCACGCGUACACUGUCGGGCGGCGCGGACAAUGCUACGAUUAUGUAUGUUCUUCAGACCGAAAUCCUCCUGACAUAUUAUUUCCUUGACAACAACCGCGGCAUGGAGAGCAUCUACCAUUGGCGCGCAGCAACAUCCAUCGCCUUCGCCUGCAAGCUGCACCUCAUUCGAAGCUCGCGGAGCUCGUCUGGCGGUCCUGCGAGUGGCGUGCAGUACCAACUCAGCGCUCCGGCGGAUAGCCUUGAGGAGGGUGAACGCAUCAAUGCGUUCUGGCAAGUUCUCAUCCUCGACAAGUGUCUGAGUAUAACGCUCUCGUCGCCUUCUGCGUUUACGGAAGACGAUGCCAAGGGCACGAUCGUUGAUUCACCAUGGCCGAUGGACGUCAGCGCGUACUUAAGUAAUCCUCUGCCUCCAGGCGCACGUGGUUCACGAACCAUACAAGCCUACAUGCAAUCUCUGGGAUCUCCCAAUCGCGACCGGCACUACGUAGCCCUGCAGUCCAAAGCAGCUAUAUUAUAUGCUUACGCGGGCGAUCUCGCGAAGACUUACAGCCCCAACGACUACACUAGCACAACACGUUUCACCUACCUUGACCGUGGCAUCGACCAGUUGGCGCGCGACUUGCCUCCACUGGCGGGCGUAGACACGUCGCGGCCUGACAUUCUCCGGAAGCUGCUUAAUAUCCAUCUGAUCGUCUACUGCGCCACGCUGCAGCUCAACAAGCCCAUAGACCACGCCGGAGUGAUGUAUCAAGGCAAAUCCUGGACCACCGCGCUCAACGCCGUCAUUGUGCUGCAACAAGUCAACCUUGGUGCCAUCAAGUACAUGGAGCCAAGUGCUGCCUACGUCCUUACGUUCGCCGCGGAAAUCAUUGUACGCGGUAUCAUGACCCUCAAGUCCCAGAACGCGAUCGACUCGUCCAACCAGGCCGCUCUGCUCGCCCCUCUCAGUCAGAUACUGUCUGCUAUGGAUUGGUGGGGUAUCACUUCACCUCUUUUCAGACAGCAGCGGGUGCUCGUUCAAACUAUGCUCACCCAGAUCUAG